CGUGAUGACGUCACCCCUCUCCCUCUCUCUCCCGUAAUAACAGUGGAAGGAACCCGGACCUGCAGGUGUUGGUGCUGGCUAGGUUAAGAUGUUACCAUUAUCCAUUAAAGAUGACGAAUACAAACCUGCAAAGUUCAAUCUGGUCCUCAAACUCUCCGGAUGGUUCAGAUCAAUUCUGGCUGACAAGACAUCGCGGAAUUUAUUUUUCUUCCUGUGCCUGAAUUUGUCCUUUGCCUUUGUGGAGUUACUGUACGGCAUAUGGAGUAACAGUUUAGGGCUGAUAUCAGAUUCCUUUCACAUGUUUUUCGACUGCACAGCACUACUGGCAGGUCUUGCAGCAUCAGUGAUUUCACGGUGGAGGUCCAAUGACUCCUUCUCAUACGGUUAUGUCAGAGCAGAAGUGCUUGCAGGUUUCGUCAACGGUCUCUUCCUCAUCUUCACUGCUUUUUUUAUCUUCUCAGAAGGAGUGGAGAGAGCGUUAGAACCUCCGGAUGUGCAUCACGAACGCUUGCUGCCCGUGUCCAUUGCAGGGCUCCUUGUCAACCUUGUCGGCAUCUUUGUGUUCCAGCACGGUGGACAUGGACACUCUCAUGGUGGAGAAGGUCAUGGGCACAGCCACUCUCUAUUUAACGGCAGUGUGAGCCACGGACACAGCCAUGGGGGACACGGGCACAGCCAUGAUUCUAAACACGGGCAUGGGCAUGGGCACGGUCACGAUCACGGUCACGAUCACGAUCACGAUCACGGACACGAUCACGGACACGGUCACGAUCGUGGACACGGCCAUUCACAUGAGGAGCCUCACUGCCACGAUGAUCACUUGCACAGGCCAGAAAAAGGCUCCAGCAAACAGAUCUUACAAGGAGUUUUUCUCCACAUCGUUGCUGAUACGUUGGGAAGUAUCGGCGUCAUCAUCUCAGCCUUCCUGAUGCAGAAGUACAACCUAAUGAUCGCUGAUCCGAUCUGCUCCAUGCUCAUCGCCAUUCUCAUAGGCGUCAGUGUGGUUCCACUGCUGAGGGAAUCCAUUGGGAUUCUGAUGCAGCGAACUCCACCUGGUCUUGACCACACCCUUCCUGAGUGCUACCAGAGAGUGCAGCAGCUGCAGGGUGUGUAUAACUUACAGGAGCCGCACUUCUGGACGCUGUGCACUGAUGUCUACAUCGGCACACUGAAACUCCUCGUGGCUCCAGACGCUGAUUCUCGAUGGAUCCUCAGUCAGACGCACAAUAUUUUCACACAGGUGGGAGUAAGGCAGCUGUAUGUUCAGAUCGAUGUGGCGGCCAUGUAAGAGUUACCCUGAUUCAGGAGUCCUGGGACCAAAGCCCUCUGUGCUGCUACAUGAAGCUCAUCACCAAACCCUGCCCCCUUUUGCUCCUUCUCUUAAUUUCUCUGGGUUUCUCGACACCGUCAUUACCAGUCGGACCAAUCUGGAGCGGCCGCAGUACAGUACGGUACACUGACUCUUUCCAGGAAAACCAAACAACAUGAAGACUACGUUGGGGCCCCUGGUCAACAGCUGUCCAUGUUCCUAAUUUUUUUUUUAAAUAGCCCUCAAAGACUUUAGUCUGUAUUUGGUGUCUUGUCCUGAUAACGGUCAGAAUGAGGUUUUAAUUUUGUGUUUGUUUAAGAAGGAAAAGCCUCUAACAGUAUGUGAAGUGAAUCAUUGCUAGUAUUUUCUCUGUGGUCUGACGUCUUUGCAGCUGCAGACGUCAGUCACUCGUGUUGUCCCCCACUUCAAUUCAGCAUCAUGCUUUGAUCUCUUAAGUGCCUUUUUUUCCCCCAGUGGAUCUCUCGGACAAUCUCCCACACGUCUCCUUCAUCCAACAUCUGGAAAAUCAUGGGUUAUGCCUGUAGGUUCAUUCUAGCCAGUUUUAACAUUCCUUUGCCUUUUUUUUACUGCAUGGUGUUCUCCGAUUGAUUCACUGAUUAUUUCUUAGAUCUCUGCUCAUGUAAAACUGGAUGAAACACCAGCUUUAUUCAGCCAUAAAUGGAUCUGAUGAGCCACUUAAAUGUGAGAAGUCCAUAAUUUAAAUGCCCAUAUGGAUUUUUUUAAUAAGUAAAUAACACAUCUGUGCCACAGGCCAGUACAUUUGUGCAAUUCAAUAAAUUAUAUUGCCAUCUGAUUUGUACUUUUUUUGCAUUUGAUGGAAUAAAAUCAUGAAUAAUCAUACACUGAGAAA